AUGGAAGAGCGGCGACCAACCAUUUUCUGGCUGAAAGGGAAAGCUGGAUCCGGAAAAUCUAUCCUGAUGAAGCACACACUCCAGGAAUUACGUCGCGACUUCGCGAGGGAUUCGCUGACAACUGCAGCUUACUUCUUCGACGCAAGUGGAACCAUUUUGGAAAAGUCGACCCUCGGGCUAUUGCGAACAGUACUCUAUGAAAUUUUUACCGCGAAUCGACCUUUAUUAGAAGAAUUCCUGUUGACUGCAGACGACGGAAGAUAUGUCAAGGGCAAAAAUUUGGAAUGGCGUGUGGAGGAACUGAUGGAAGUCUUCAGAAUUACUGCAAAGUUGAAGAGUUGGAGAUCGACGAUCAUCUUAGUAGAUGCAUUGGACGAGGGUUUCAGGGACGAUAUUCGCUCGACGUUAUUCUUUUUCGAGCACUUGUUUCCUCAGCAGGGUCAACAACCGUAUCAGAAACUCCGUCUCUUUCUGUCGAGCCGCCAUUAUCCCAAUAUCACGAUGAAAAAUUGCAUCGAGAUCUGGACCGAGAGUUUCAACCAGUCAGAUAUCGAGAUGUUCACGUUUCAGAAAAUAUCGCAAAUAUCGAAAACCUCGGAAAAUCAGGAUUUAGCUGCAUCUAUCAUCGGCCAAGCCGAUGGUGUAUUUCUCUGGGUUGAUCUGGUCACCAACGCUCUACUGAUGGCUGAGGACGAUGGCGAGCCUUAUGCUGCGAAGAUGCAGAGGCUACGCACAACUCCCAAUGGAUUGGAAAACUUAUACACCGAGAUAUUCUCCGGACUUUCAAAUCCACAGCGUGUUGAAACGUUCCAGAUUUUCAAGUGGGUACUCUAUGCAUGUCGCAGACUCACUCCACUCGAACUCUGCUUCGCGCUAGCGUUCGAGUCAAUUGGUUCAAUCGCAACAUUGCACAGCUGGCAGGCCUCUGGAAAUUUCAUCAACAAUGGUGUCCAUCUGAACAGAUUCAUCCGAAGUCGUUCACGUGGCUUGCUUGAAGUGCGUGGCGACACAAUCCAAUUCAUCCACCAAACUGUCCCGGAGUUUCUGGUACGAAAGGGUCUGAAGCUGUUGCAGCCUUCUGUUGUUUUCUCCGAUAUUGCAGCACGAUGCCAUCAUCAGAUCGCCACCAUCUGCAUAAAGUACUUGUCGCAGAGACAGAUCAUUCUAUGUCCCUCUAUGACUCUACUCAGGUUCAGUACUCGCCAGCAUUCGCGUUACUUCCUGGGAUGGGUCCGUCCGGGCGUGACACAGGAAGAUGCUAAUAGGGCUUCUCAUUCUUUAAUGACAACUUACGGCCACACUACAAUUCAUCGUCCACUUCCUGGGAAGAUAAGUCAUCAAAUAUCUGACGCCAAAGUAGCAGAGGCACUGCAAACGCUCUUUUUCGAACUACCGCUCCUAGAAUACUCGGUGUUCACCCUCCAGGCCCAUCUUUAUCUCGCGGAGGAGUCCGGCAUCUCCCAAGCUGAUAUUGUGGAUUUCUUUCUCCGUUAUGGUGUGCAGAGCUUGCGGCUCUGGUAUGAUUUCCAGGCUUCCCUGGAGCUACCACGCAGUCAUCCUUACCACUCAGUCGAUUGGGGUGAUUUUCUACAAGGUUGCAUCGCACUACGCCUUGUAUCCUGCGUCCACAAUUUCAGCAAGCGGAUCCGGAACGCUGAGCUGACGCUCUCGCCUAGAUACAAUUUAGGCGCGUCCCUCUCCCUUGCUGUGAUCCAGGGUUUGCAAGGGGUCGUCCAAGACCUGAUCUCCUGUGGUGCGGAUCCAAAUCAUCGGCAUCAGAAUGAGAAAACCGCGCUGGAUUACGCCUGCGCCUCUGGUGACGCAGGUAUGGUGACCCUGCUGAUCCAGAAUGGAGCUGAUAUCAAAGCUUACAAUACGUACGGUUUCGCUGCCUUCCACCAUGCGGCAGAGAACGGUUUUGUGCACAUUGUCCAGCUUCUCCUCGACAUGGGUGUGGCAGUUGAAAUGCGUACAAGAAAUGGGGAAACAGCUCUCCUCAUUGCCGCGUCGCAUGACCGCUUAGACGUAUUCAAGCUGCUUAUCGAACGUGGUGCCCAACCCAGUGCGCUGGACAACCUCGGUUAUGGUGCGUCAAAAUUGGCAGAGUUGCAUCGCUCAACCAAUGUGUAUGCGUUCCUCAACCCGAAGGCUCCGGUAUUGCCCACGAUGAGAGAUUCUUUUCAGGGAAAUCGUCUUUUUGCAGAGCCGAUUUCUCGCGCGAUGACUGCAUCACCAAGCCCUGAGAAGCAGCUAGAUAAGUUACCUCUGCUUUCCAACGAUCUGAUGCUUUUUGGCCCUGUAUAUGCCAAUGACCUGGUAAGCAGGAUCGCUCCGAACACGGCCGAGAGAGAGAAGAGAAUCGGCGAUGUCCUAUCUGGUUAG